GGCCAAUGGUACAUUCAGCUGUAGUGAAAUUUUACUUCCAGGAACUGAAUUAGAAGACCGUAAAACUACGAUAGCGAAGUGAUGAGUGCGGGAGACCCAAACCCAGCCGCCACACCCACUCCUUGUGAAGACACCCAGGGAGAUGGCCGAUGGAUGUCUAUGCACAACCGGUUUGUGUCUGACAGUAAAGACAAAGAACCUGACGUCCUGUUUGUUGGAGACUCCCUUGUUCAGCUGUUGCACCAGUUUGGGGUAUGGCGGGAGCUGUUCUCUCCUCUCCAUGCCCUCAACUUUGGGGUGGGCGGUGAUGCCACGCAACAUGUGCUGUGGAGACUGACCAAUGGGGAGCUGGAUCACAUCAGCCCAAAGGUGGUAGUGCUAUGGGUAGGCACCAACAAUCAUGGUCAGACUGCUGAGCAGAUCUGUGGAGGCAUCAUGGCCAUUGUCCAAGUGAUCAAGAACAAGCUACCCCAAGCUCACACCCUUGUACUCGGGAUCCUGCCCAGGGGUAAACUGCCCAACCGCCUGCGAGAGCGCAAUGGCCAGGUCAACAUGCUGGUCCAGGAGGCAGUGUCCGCUCUCCCCCAUGCCUCUUUUCUUGAUGUGGACCCUGGUUUUGUCCACUCCGAUGGUAGCAUCUCCCACCAGGACAUGUAUGACUACCUCCACCUGACCCCUCACGCCUACCAGGCUGUGUGCCAACCCCUACAUGCCCGUCUCAAGUCCAUGUUAGAGAAGCCUGCUGAGAACUGAGCAACAGCUAACUAUCCACAGACUUACCAGGGCACAGACUAACACUACCGCAGUGGUCCUUGGCCCUGUUUGUGGAGAGCAUCACACUGUGUUAUUAGCUUAUGCACACCUUGAAUGAUGGAUGAAAUCAAAGAUAAAAUGGGCUGCAAGAAUUAUAUGUGCAAGUCCUCUCCAUGGCCAGGGUUUGUGACCACUGUUGCUAUUAAUGGGACCACAAACUAUUUUGUGUUUAUGCUGCAAUCACAAGUUAAAUGUGCUGCACUGUAUGCCAGGAUAUGUCUGGUGAAAGAAAAUAUAUGAGAACAGCCCCCACUGGUAUACUAAAGAAAGCCCCAUAAUCAUCAAUUACUUUUAUUUGGCAUCUGUUUUAUUUGCUCUGAUGUGUACUCAUGUGUUUAUGAGCAUUCCAGUGACCUUUUCUUUCUUUCUUUUUUUUUUUUUUUUUUUUUUUGUCCAAUCAUGGUUAUCAAUUGACCAUUAUCCUCCACUUUUUGUUUAUUAUGCCACCUUAUUUUAUUGCUGUCCUUUCACCUUUGCUUCCUGUUGCAACUGUCACACUUGCUUACAAUCAGAGUAAGGAUUUUGAUUCGAGAAGCUUUGUUUUGCUGCCAAGGUAUAUGUACUUGAGUUGGUUGUUAAGAUGUUGUGUGGGUGUAUCUAUAAUUGCUUGUGCUUGAAGUUGAAUCUCUUCCUGUAGUAGGCAUAAAGCCUGUCAGACUAAAUAGCAUAUGAGUCUCUUGGAAACGGAUUGUGUUACUGAGCUUGAAUUAUGUUUCAGGGAUGGCUGAUUCGGUGAUGUAAGUGAUGUAAGAAUGAAUUAAACAUGAAAUCAACA